UUCAAUUCAUUUCCCUCUACUCGUUUGGCCAAAAAAAAGCCAAAAACAUAUGAAGGAGGAAAACCGACGUAUCCCAAAAUUGGAAAAAAUGAGUCCCCUUUCGUCUCGAACUGAAUCUCAGAUUUCUCCUGAAUCCGCCAUUGGAGGGGACCCAGAACCUCAAAUCUUCCCUUACGAGCCUGAAUUCAGUUCCGAAGACGAUCAUGACGAGUCCGUUGUUCUGACGGACUGGAACAACACGAAGAAAAAGAACAAGAAGAAGAACCAGAUCUUGCUUGAGGGCUUUGUGGAGGUUUCAGAUGAGGAAAAUUUGACGAGGACGAAGAGUUUGACGGAUGACGAUCUCGAGGAGCUCAAGGGGUGUGUGGAUCUAGGGUUUGCGUUUUGCUAUGACGAGAUUCCUGAGCUCUGUAACACAUUGCCGGCGCUCGAGCUCUGUUAUUCGAUGAGCCAGAAGUUUAUGGACGACCACCAGAAUGUUCCGGAACAUUCUCCGCCCGAGUCGGUGGAUUCGGGGUCCAGUCCGAUUCCGAAUUGGAAGAUCUCUAGUCCUGGUGAUCAUCCAGAAGAUGUUAAAGCGAGGCUCAAAUAUUGGGCGCAAGCGGUGGCUUGUACUGUUAGAUUAUGCAACUAAAGGAGCCUGCAAAAUUGAGAGACUGUUGUAAAUGGAGAUUUUUCUAGAUUGUUAAAGAAGAUGGCAUGGAUCUUCUACUUGAGUUCGUGCUUUGCAAUCAUAAAAUUUUCCAUUUGUGGGCAGAGAUGAUUUUUUCUGAAACUGUCUUUGUUUGGUCUGAUUUUGAUGAUGGAUGAAGAGAGAAGAAGAAGAAGAAGAAGAAGAAGAAGAACGUCUCAGGUUUUAGAUCAGCCAAUGAUUCAUUGGAGUUAAGAGUCUGAUUCAAUUCUUUAAGUGGUGGGAGCCCCAUCAAAGCUUCACCAACAGCCUUUUGCUUCACACCUCUGCACAUGCUGCUGAGAUAUUGUGCUAACUGUUUCUGUUCAGCCCACAAAUAUGGCUGGAUGAAUACGGGUUUGCUCGAUGUCGCUGGGAGACGUGUGGGAGAACUGCCUACUUCAUCUGGGUUUAUGAUUGUUUUGCAUCUUGAACUUGGUGGCAUUUUCUAGCUUUGUAUCAUGAAUGAUAGUUUCUUGUUCAUUUAGUUGGUUCUCCCUGAGUGCUAACUAUUUCUUUCGAUCCACACGCAUGUCUGGAUGAGUACCCGUUUGCCUCGCCAGAUGUAGUUGGAUGGGAGGGGAGUUCUUACUUUCGUGGCUUACCGAGUGCUAACUAUCUCUCGUUGGUCCACACAUAUGGCUGGAUGAAUGAAUACCCAUUUGUCCCAUGAUGUUGGGAUUGAUGGGGGAAAACUGCCUGUUUCAUCUCUACAUCAAAUGAAUUCCAUCUUGAACUUGAAGAUGCUGUCUGGUUUUGUAUGCUGACUGAUGGUUUCUCGUAAUGACAUGACUGGAAAACGAUCAACCGAUCGGUUAUUUUUUACUUCUUCCCUCGGUUUGUUCUUAUCUCUGGUUUAUGGAAAGAGCAACAGAUUCUUCCAAACAUGUCCAAUGUCUUUUAGGUUCUAUCAUGUGAUACAGGGAAAUAGAGAACUGCACAGCGGACAAUACCACACAUCCCAAGUGAGGCGAGGCUUUUUGUAGGCCAUGUAAGAGAUUGAGGGGAACAAAGCUGAAAGAAACGGUUCAUUUAUGCAAUCCUUGCUGUGUGAUAGUGUACUAAAAGCUUAUUCUUGUCGGGUGUUCUACGUUCUAUUUUUAAGACGAUUAUCUUUCAGUUUCGGGAGCUAGCUUGAAUGUCCACCUUUGAACGAUGUUCGUUUAAUCAUUGAUUUAUUAGGAUAUUUUGUAAUUUUAUUGUCGGGUUAUGUUAUA